GGCGGCGGCGGCGGCGGGCGGACGGCGCGCGGCCCCUCUGCGCCCCCUGGCCGGCCCGGGAGGGCGGCGGGGGGCCCGGCCCGCCAUGAACCCGGGCUUCGACCUGUCCCGCCGGAACCCGCAGGAGGACUUCGAGCUGGUGCAGCGCAUCGGCAGCGGCACCUACGGCGACGUCUACAAGGCACGGAAUGUUAACACCGGUGAAUUGGCGGCGAUUAAAGUCAUAAAAUUGGAGCCAGGGGAAGACUUCGCGGUGGUGCAGCAGGAGAUCAUCAUGAUGAAGGACUGCAAGCACGCCAACAUCGUGGCCUACUUCGGGAGCUAUCUCAGGAGGGAUAAACUUUGGAUUUGCAUGGAGUUUUGUGGAGGUGGUUCUUUACAGGAUAUUUAUCAUGUCACGGGCCCUCUGUCAGAGAUGCAGAUCGCCUACGUCAGCAGGGAGACACUACAGGGGUUAUACUAUCUUCACAGUAAAGGAAAAAUGCACAGAGACAUAAAGGGCGCUAACAUUCUAUUAACGGACAAUGGUCAUGUGAAGUUGGCGGACUUCGGGGUGUCAGCCCAGAUCACAGCCACGAUCGCCAAGCGGAAGUCCUUCAUCGGCACGCCGUAUUGGAUGGCCCCCGAAGUCGCGGCCGUGGAGAGGAAGGGGGGGUACAACCAGCUCUGCGACCUCUGGGCGGUGGGCAUCACCGCCAUCGAGCUGGCCGAGCUGCAGCCGCCCAUGUUCGACCUGCACCCGAUGAGAGCCUUGUUUCUGAUGACCAAGAGCAACUUCCAGCCUCCCAAACUCAAAGACAAACUGAAGUGGUCGAACAAUUUUCAUCAUUUUGUGAAAAUGGCACUUACCAAAAAUCCCAAAAAACGACCCAAUGCUGAGAAGUUGCUCCAGCACCCGUUCGUCACCCAGCACCUGACGCGGUCCCUGGCCAUCGAACUGUUGGACAAAGCCAAUAACCCGGAUCAUUCCACCUUCCACGACUUCGAUGACGACGACCCUGAGCCUCUUGUUGCUGUCCCGCAUAGAAUCCAUUCGACGAGUAGGAACGUGAGAGAGGAAAAGACACGCUCGGAAAUAAACUUCGGCCAAGUAAAAUUUGAUCCACCCUUAAGGAAGGAGACAGAACCACAUCACGAACUUCCCGGCAGUGAUGCUUUUCUGGACAGUUCAGAAGAAAUAUACUACACUGCAAGAUCUAAUCUGGACCUACAACUGGAAUACGGCCAAGGACACUCAAGUAAUUACUUCCUAGGAGCAAACAAGAGCCUGCUGAAGUCAGUUGAAGAGGAACUGCAUCAGCGCGGGCAUGUGGCACAUUUAGAAGAUGAUGAAGGGGACGGUGAUGAAUCUCAACAUUCAACCCUGAAAGUAAAAGUUCCACCUCCUUUGCCACCAAAGCCCAAGUCCAUAUUCAUACCCCAGGAAACUCAUGCUACUGAAGAUGACAAUCAAGGCACAAUCAAGAGAUGCCCCGUGUCCGAGAGCCCAGCAAAACCAUCCCAAGUCCCUCCAAGACCACCACCUCCCAGGUUACCUCCACAGAAGCCUGUUACUCUAGGAAACGGAGUGAACUCCUCCCAGUUAAAUGGUGAACGAGACGGUCCCUUGUAUCAACACCAGAACGAACACCGAGGCACAACUCCUUCACGAAGAGAAAAGAAAGAUGUCCCGAAGCCGAUCAGUAACGGUCUGCCCCCAACGCCCAAAGUGCACAUGGGUGCGUGUUUCUCAAAGGUGUUUAACGGGUGUCCCUUGAAAAUUCACUGUGCGACAUCAUGGAUAAACCCAGAAACAAGAGAUCAAUACUUGAUAUUUGGUGCUGAAGAAGGGAUUUAUACCUUGAAUCUUAAUGAACUUCACGAAACAUCAAUGGAACAGCUCUUCCCCCGGCGGUGUACGUGGUUGUAUGUGAUGAACAACUGCUUACUAUCGAUAUCUGGUAAAGCCUCUCAGCUCUACUCCCAUAAUCUUCCUGGGCUCUUCGAGUAUGCACGACAAAUGCAAAAGCUGCCAGUCGCAAUCCCAGCCCACAAACUCCCCGACAAAAUACUGCCACGGAAAUUUUCCGUGUCUGCAAAGAUCCCCGAGACCAAGUGGUGCCAGAAGUGCUGUGUCGUGAGAAGUCCUUACACGGGCCACAAGUACCUGUGCGGGGCCCUGCAGACGAGCAUCGUCCUCCUGGAGUGGGUGGAGCCCAUGCAGAAGUUCAUGCUGAUCAAGCACAUAGAUUUCCCCAUCCCGUGCCCACUGCGGAUGUUCGAGAUGCUGGUCGUCCCGGAGCACGAGUUCCCACUGGUCUGUGUUGGUGUCGGGAAAGGGCGAGACUUCAACCAGGUGGUGCAGUUCGAGACCGUCAACCCCAACUCGACCUCCUCGUGGUUCACAGAGUCAGACACCCCGCAGACCAACGUUAGUCACAUCACCCAGCUGGAGAGAGACACCGUCCUCGUCUGCCUGGACUGUUGCAUAAAAAUAGUGAAUCUCCAAGGAAGAUUAAAGUCCAGCAGGAAAUUGUCAUCAGAACUUACCUUUGAUUUCCAGAUCGAAUCCAUUGUCUGCCUGCAGGACAGCGUGUUGGCCUUCUGGAAGCACGGCAUGCAGGGCCGAAGCUUCCGGUCCAAUGAGGUAACACAAGAAAUUUCAGAUAGCACAAGAAUUUUCCGGCUCCUUGGGUCUGACAGGGUUGUGGUUCUGGAGAGCAGGCCAACCGAUAACCCCACAGCAAAUAGCAACUUGUACAUCCUGGCGGGCCACGAGAACAGCUACUGAUGUGCGCCCCCCGACAGACACCCGGAGCCCUGGGAGAAAGGGGCCCUGCCCUGCCCUGCCCCGCCCCGGACAGAGCCUUCGAGCCGCCCAGAAGCAGCGCUCCCGCCUCCCGCCUCCCGCCUCCCGGUGGGCCUGGGAGAGACCUGGCGACUUUGGUUUCCCUGGUAUGGAUCUGUUUAGCGUAUUGAACCACACAAGUGCUUAACUCAUUGUUAUGUAAUCUUUGUACAUAGAGGCAGUAUUUUUCUGUGAAAAUUCAGAUUGCUGCAGACACACACUAAGAAUUUAUGUAGAUAAUGUACUUUUACGAAAUGUACAAGUGUCUUUUCUGUACAGAUGUAAAUGUCGAUGAAAUGCAAUCGGGUCAAUAUUUAAGAAUUCUCACGUACACUCUGGGCUGGGCUGUACCACACGCAGGGUGCUGCGUUGAGGCAGCGCCUUCGACACUAUCGGAUUUUUAUUCUAUGUAAUUUAGAAAUACGAAUACGAAUCUUGUAACUCAGAUUGUUAUGGCGGCUGUAAUCAUUUUAUAAUCUGGUUUUUAAUCUUCACACAAGUACACUGGUGUUUCUAUUUGCACAGUAUUGGGACUUGAUGUAGUAAGUCACAAAAGGAAGCUGUGACCAUCUGCAGCUGCCCACAACAUCAUUUUUCAUGGAUUCGGAGUGUUUUCUCUGUGAAACAAGCCAGUUGCCCACCUGUGGUAAAACUGGUCUUUUUAUCCUUAGGCAGAACCCUGUGAAAGUGCUUGUUUGUGCUUCAGAAUAAUACCUUUGACAACAUUUUAAAUCACAGAAUAGCGGUACCGUGAUGUAACACUACAGUUGUUGUCUGAGUUAUAAUAUGCACAAAGAAUAAAUCGAAAUUAGUGAAGAGUCCACACUGAACAUUUCACGCAAUCACAUUGAAGAGCUGUAACAUUCCAUAGAGGGAAGCAGUUCCAGUUUUGAGUGGGAGUCUUUACUCUUGUUGGUCUUAGGAUCGUUGUCAUAUUUCUUUUGAUUUAGGGUAUGAACCUACGGCCAAAACAUUUAGUUACUACCUCACAUAACAGCAUGAUGGUCAGACACAUCACAGGACUUCGUUUUGGUUUCAGUUGUUCUCGGUUGUUUCUCCCAGUGGACUUCGUAUGUGCCAAGUUCUAGGAACAGGCACUUUGGGCUCUGUUAUAUGCUGAUGUGAGUAUAUGCACACACUAAGAACAACCCACAUGGUGAUUCCUGGUCUUCGUUUAUUUUACUUGAUAAUGCUUUCAAAAUAUGCUCCCGGUUGUACAUAGUGUAAAAUAAACGUUUUU